UUUUUUUCACAUAUUCAUCAUCCUUCGCGCCUCCUUCAGGCAAUUUUUUCCUUGCUUUUUCAGAAAGCUCCAGAGUUCAUUCAUGGUAGAUACAUAAUGCUCUGCUCACUAUUGAAGGAGAGAGAAAUAGAUUAAAAUGGCGGUAAAAAUCUGCAUCUACGCCCUCCCUACUCUCUUCAUUCUCGUCUCCUUCCUCUCACACACUUUUGCUUCCAAAACCCUAAACCCAGAACCAGAGCUAGCAACCCUAAGUUCUCCGCCCCUGAUUUCUUUCAACACCACAAUCCUAAGCCCCAACCGUACAUUCGAGCUUGGAUUCUUCUCCGUCGACGGUGGAUCAACCUAUUACCUGGGUAUCUGGUACGCCUCCAUUCCCAUUCGCACCUACGUAUGGGUGGCAAAUCGCCUCGCCCCCGUGCGAGCAUCGCCGCCGUCGGCUCUUCUGACCAUCGCUGGCCGCCUCGCCGUCGCUGACUCCUCCAAUUCCAUUCUGUGGGAGUCGGAGAACUCUACUCCCGCCGCCGCAGUUCAGCUACUCGACACUGGAAACCUUGUACUACUCUCUGUCGGCGGCCGAGGAGCCAUUGCGUGGCAGAGCUUCGACUUCCCCGCCGAUACAUGGCUGCCGGAGAUGGCAGUGACGGGCAGCGUGGCGAUCACGUCAUGGAGAAGCCCCAUGGAUCCGUCUCCCGGUGAGUUCUCUCUCCGGCUUCGCCCGCCAAAAUUCGGUGAGUUCGAGCUCGUCUUCAAUGGCUCGGUUUCGUACUGGUGGACGGGGAACUGGACUGGGACAAGAUUCACUGGCGUCCCCGAGAUGACGGUGCCGUACAUCUAUAGCUUCAGGUUCUCAAACCCGUUCACGCCGGAGGCUGCGUUCGAUUACUCACAGUCCACGUCGGCUGAGUCCGGUCUCCAGCCCCUCCUCUCGCGAUUCGUCGUCGAUUCCUCCGGCCAGCUGAUGCAGUACACUUGGUCCCCUCAGGCGGAUAGCUGGAACAUGUUCUGGUCUAGGCCAGAUGACCCCUGCCGCGUCUACGGCCGAUGCGGUGGUCUUGGUCUCUGCUCCAGCGGCCGCAGCCUCCGGCCUUGCACCUGCCCGACGGGACUUCGCCCCGUUGAUCCAACAGGGUGGAGCUCCGGCGACUUCUCCAGUGGAUGCUCCCGUGACGCCCUCUGUACUGAUGAGGAUAGCAUUUUCAACGAGAUCGGCCACAUCGAGCUCGAUGGCGCCGUCGAUGCCACUUUCUCCGACUUGAGCCGCGGCUCCUGUGAGGAAUCUUGCAGGAAGAACUGCUCCUGUUUCGGUAUCACCUACAACUCAGAAUCUCGCAUCUGCACGAAUCUGUACGUGAGCGCUUACAAUCUCCGCAACAGUACAGCCUCCGCGACUCUAUUCAUCAGGAUUUCGCCGGGAAAGGUGUUAUCGAAAAAGUCCAAAUGGAAGGUACGAAUUCUUAUCAUCGGCAUCAUCUGUGCUCUCGUUGCAAAUAUUGCAAUCGCACCCCCCCUCGUCAUCAUCGUGCACCGGCGGCUUCGGCGACUAAGAAGAAGGGAAGAAUACGGAGGAGAAGAUGUCGGCCUGAAGGUUUUCACCUACAAGGAGCUCUCCUCAGCAACGCGCGGAUUUUCAGAGAAGCUUGGGCACGGAGGUUUUGGCGCGGUUUUUCGCGGCUCGCUUCCGGAUUCAACGCCGGUGGCCGUUAAGCGGCUCGAACGCCCGGGCGGUGGCGGCGACCGCGAGUUCUGCGCGGAAGUGCGCACCAUCGGAAGCGUACAGCACGUAAACCUUGUCCGCCUCCGUGGCUUCUGCAUAGAAGAUCCACACCGCCUCCUCGUCUAUGACUACAUGCCCAACGGUCCCCUCAGCGCCUACCUCGGCCGCGGCUCCAAACGACCGCGGCUCAGCUGGCCGGCCAGUUUCCGCGUUGCCGUCGGCACGGCACGUGGGGUCGCCUAUCUCCACGAGGAAUGCCACGAUUGUAUCAUCCACUGUGACAUUAAGCCGGAGAACAUCCUAUUAGACUCCGAUUUCACCCCUAGGGUUUCUGAUUUCGGAUUGGCAAAGCUGGUGGGGAGGGAUUUGAGCAGGGUAUUGGCGACCACACGGGGGACGCGAGGGUACGUUGCACCGGAGUGGAUCUCCGGUGUGGCGAUCACGGCGAAAGCUGAUGUGUACAGCUAUGGUAUGACGCUGAUGGAGAUCAUUGGUGGUCGGAGGAAUGUGGAGGCGCCGUCUCCGCAAGCGGCUGCGGGAGAUGAAGUAGGGGAAGAAGGGUGGUUCUUCCCGGCGUGGGCAGCGAGGAAGAUUGUGGAGGGGGAUUGGGGGGCGGUUUUGGAGGAGGAAGUGGAGGGUUAUGAUGGAAUGGAGGCGGAAAGGGCAGCGAGAGUGGCGGUGUGGUGCAUACAGGACGAAGAGGCCGCCCGGCCGACGAUGGGGACUGUGGUGAAGAUGCUUGAGGGGACGGUAGCGGUGGCGGCUCCUCCUCUACCGAAGAUGAUGCAGGCGCUCAUCGCCGGCGAGUCGUUCCGGCAUGGGAGUUCUUCGUCGGCCGGAGAAAUUUUGGUUGAAGACGGAGCGGGGGCGGCGGGCGAUUGUCGACGGUGAUUUGUUAGGGUUACCCUGGGUGCAGAUACCGCCGAGUCGUUGUGAAUAAAGACAAAAAUUAUCAAAGAGGAAAGGGUGGUGCGGGUCCCACUUGAGCUAGAAGUACAGUGGCUCGUGGGAAAGCAAGGUGCCGAUAUUUUGAAUAGUUUAUUUAUUUAACAGAAAUGCUAAAAUGACCGUAAUUUCUAGGCUAGUAAAUCAAUGAUU